AUGCAGGGCGCUGGAGGUCUUGGGAAUCGUUUGCGUGGCGCUGUUAACUCGAGUGGUCGCAAGCUCGCCAGGAACAAACUUAAGGAGUUGGCGCUCGACAAGGGCAAGCGACCUGCUGACGAUCCCGAAGGCAACGAAAAGUUGCCUGCUCUCCCUGGCGAGCCCGUGCAUGAGGAGGAAAGCAACAGCGAUGGCGAGUGCGAGCCUGCUGCUCCUAGCAACCGCGGUGGCCACGAUGGGGAAGCAGCUCCUCUUGGGGUUCAGAUCAACGCGGACGACUUCAGCGAUCAUGAGGACGAGGAAGAACUUCUUAGGGGCAACCACAACAAUGGAAACCAACAAUAUGCUACUAAUGACGAUGGUGCGUUUACCUUUGAUUUAGGCGAAGGCCGCCAGGACACGCUCAAUAACGUUACCAAUCGUGGUCAGGACGCUGCUGCAAAAGCCCGUCAGGUGGAGAGCCCGCUGGACGGUGUUCAUCGGGCGGCGCCGAAGGAGCCUGGUGCCUCGAGUGCAGAAGAUCGUGUGGCAGAUUUGAAGCGCACCACGCAGCAGCAGUCGGUGCUGAUUUCUUUGCUCUUGCGCCAGAUUGGCAAUGAGCGUGGCUCCACGGCGGAAAAGGGCAAAACAAGGCGUGGCGCCCCAUCCGAACACGAGGUGGUCGAACGCACGCCGGCGAAUCAACCGGCAGCAGCGCGCAGUGAUGGUCAGAAGCGCAAGCGGGAUUACCCGACUUUCGCGGAUCCGGGCCCCGCCCCUUCCCACCCCACCCCGCCCCUUCCCACCCCGCCCCUUCCCACCCCGCCCUUCCACCCACUGUCCCCAAUCUUCUCCCUUCUUUCAUUGUCCCCUCCAUCCAUGCUUCUCUCUCCCAAUCUCUUUCAGCUGCUUCUAGGCUUUUCGUGGGACAUGUGCCCGCAGGACCCCACGCGUGACACGAGGUGCAAGUAUCCGUGGCAAGUCUCAACGCUCAGCCCCUCUCCCCCCUUUUCUUCUCUUCUCCCUGCUUUCGUUGUCCCCCCCAUCCCUGCUUCUCUCUCCCAAACUCUCUCAGUAAGGGGUGGCCUUCUUCGUUGGCACUUCUCGGAGGAGCUGAACCGCCCUUUUGCUACCGCACUGUUCGAUCUCAUCAUUCGCAACGCGUUCCAGAAGGGUGCUGGUGGGGCGGUGACGAUGGUGAAGGCGUACCACAUUGCCUACACCCUCUACCUGGUGGAGUAUUCCGUGGUGCAUCAUAAGGCACGCGGAAAGCGCAUUCCCACGGAUGCCUGUGUGAAUGCGGACGACAUUGCCCACUACCACCGCAAGACCGUGGUCAUCUCGGGGAGUGGGUUCCCGGACCUCACCCCAGUUGGAGCUGACCCCGAUGGCAAGGAAAAGGCCGCUGUCAAGCGCCUCUAUGAGUUCUCCCAGCUGGAAGUGCAGAAGGGGAAAAAGAAGAAGACGUGCUCCAACGAAAGUGCUGCCACUAUGGAGCGCGACGUCCUUGAUGACGUGGGUGAGUGGGAGGAUGCCGAAGACAUUGUGUAG